AUAUAACUUACUCCUAGAACUCUUCAACAAACAUUGACAACAUUCUAUGAUAAACUCCUAAAAAUAGCAAGUGAUUAGUUACAAAUCAUUAGCUUAAACAAAUGUAUAUUCGAAUCCCGUCCAAUUAAAAAUCAAACCCCGUUUUUCCAUUGGCAGGACAAGACCACGUGGCAGUCAUAUGUCAGGAAGGUCCCACGGCCCACAGCUUCUAGUUAUGGAUACAUUCGAUGGCUCUCUGCCCCAGUUGCCUCUUUCCGUCUCUCUCAUCUAUCUACUUCAUUUCUCUACUUGCCCCCUCAGGUCCCCCAAGAAUACCAUAAAUAUAUUUGAUGGAAAAAGAAAAUCACUACACAGAAGAAAUUUUCUCUCUCGUAAUUAUAUUAGUUAAUUACGUCAGAUUCCAGCCCUUAAAGGGUCAGAUAGCUCAAGCCAAAAGCAAAUCCUCUUUAAAUCCUUUUAUAUAUCAUCACUUGCAGUACCAUUGUUCUCUCACUACAUUUUUUAGCCAGAGACUAGAACUGCAUCAAAUAAUAUAACAAGAGAGAGAAAGAGGGAAGAAAGAGUCAUAGUGUAGGUACCUUGCUCAUGAAGAACUUGUGUUAGGUACCAAAGCAUUACAAAAGCCUGCCUAAUCCUUACAGCAUACCAACUUCUUUCCCCACCUUCAUAAAAGCAAAAGAACAGUUCAGUAUAUAUUAAGAGUUAAGACUUAGUACCAACACUAAAAGCAUCUUACUGCCUUACUAUUUUUGGAUCUAGUAAGCUCAUGAAUAGAGCUAUGCCGGAAAUGCUACACUACCUGAACACGCCGGGGGAUAUUGUCGGAGUCAAAGGCAUGGAGAUGAGUGUUCUGGAAAGACAGAGAAUGGUAUUUAAGUGGCAACAAGAGCAGCUACCUCAAGUCCAACAACCACAGCAACAAGAACUGAGUUGCUUCAACGACUUGAGCAUGCUUUCUUUCUUGCCAGCUGAAGUACAAGAUUUUCAAGGCCCAAGCAUGAAUUAUGGUCCAAGCCCAGUUACAACAGCCCCAACUCUAAAUGGGCUUUUGAACCGACCCAUUAAGGCUGAUCCAGGAGCUGAAAAUGGGUGGAUGGAUUUUGGAAUACCAAAAAGUGGGAUCUCUGUUGGGAGCUUGGGGAUUGAGUCUGCUGGACAAGUUCAUAACAGUUCAGGCUACGGCAUGAAUUAUAAUAUUUUCAGAACGACGAGUUGCCCACCAUCUGUGGCAGAAACUGCUGCCUCGUUAAAGGUGGCCCAUAAUGUCAAAGCAAGAGAAUCCCUCCCAUCCAACCAAAAGCUGAGUGCAGCAGCUGGGAGAGAAAGUUUCAAGAAGAGGAAAGCAGAAAGAAACAACAGUACACCACAGGUAAUGGAUACAGUAGAAGACAGUAAAACCAAGAAGAGCAAAGGGUGUGCUGAAGAGGAAGAAUCAAAGAUCACAGAACAACAUUGCAAUAGACACAGUAACAGCAGCCAGAGUAACCAAAAGGAAAGCAAUGAAAAUAAAAAUGACAAGAAAAACAAAGAAACUUCAGGGUGCACAUCUAAGGACAAUUCAAAAGCCUCCGAGGUUCAAAAACCUGAUUACAUUCAUGUCAGAGCAAGGCGUGGCCAGGCCACUGAUAGCCACAGCUUAGCUGAAAGAGUAAGGAGGGAAAAAAUAAGCGAAAGAAUGAAAUAUCUCCAAGAUUUAGUGCCAGGCUGCAACAAGAUCACAGGAAAAGCUGGAAUGCUUGAUGAAAUAAUCAACUAUGUCCAAUCUCUUCAAAGACAAGUAGAGUUCCUCUCCAUGAAACUGGCAGCUGUUAAUCCCAGACUUGAUUUUAACAUUGAUGACUUAAUUGCCAAAGAGGUUUUUGCGGCAUGCUCUGCCAGUCUACCAACAAUGGGAGCAUCAACAGAUUUGAGUAAUCCCAGCUACCUACACUACAAUCCCAUUGAACAAAUGGAUCUAGUUUGUGCAUCGGCAGUUGCAUUAAACCCAAUUGAUUUGGGGCUCCGAAGAAGUAUUAGUGCUCCUGUAUCUAUACCAGAGAGUUAUCUAGAUACAUCCUGCUUCAAUAAAAUGCCACAUUCUUUACAAUGGGACGCCAAUGCUCAAAAUAUCUACAACAUGGAAUUUCAACAGGAACGAUCAACAACAUUUCCUUUACAGACAUUCACAGGCACCAUUGAAGCAAGCAAUUUAAAAAUGGAGAUGUGAAGUAAAUCAGAUGUCCAAAGUAGAAUUACAACUUCAUGAAGAAUUCUAUCAGAUUUCUCAACAAGGAUUCUUUCCUGAUUAUGUUUAGUACAUAUAGGUAUAUAUUUGUAUGUAUCAAACCAAAGGCAAUGACGAGAAAAUAAUAAUUCACGCGCCCACUGGCAUCCGCCUUCUACUAAAUGCAACACCAGCAUUGUUGUAGGUUUCUUCGCUUAAGACUGGCGACUUAGCCAGGGAAGAGACCAAAGAACAACUUAACAUUAAGGUACUGAGAUAAACUUGUGGGGCAAAAGCAAAGCAAUAAUUAAACGAGCAGAAAGAGACUAUAAUGGUUGUUUUCAA